GUUCCGAGGUUACCUGCUGGAUCGGCCCGAUCAAGUUCUGGAGCUGGUCAAGUCGCUAGCGCCUGAAGACGUCUCUGAGUGGAGCCAUGAGCAGCUUUGCUAUCUAAUGGACGACGCUGACUACGACCCGGCUGCAGCUGCGCGUGAAAGCGAGUCGGGGUUGUUCUUGGACGUGCACUCAACCCUGACGGAACUGCGCAGCAAGAUGGAGCAAGGUGAGUGGGCCUGGGCUUGCAGUAUUGUCAUCACUCUGACAAAAUGUUUUGGUGUGUGUCAGAGCACCAAGACAACAGGUGCCUUUCUCCGACGGCCAAGUACAUGGUCGCAGUUGACGGCAGCCGUACGCCUUCAAUUGUUUAUAGUAGCUUGCGCGAAUCAUAUUUAUGAGUUCUAAUGCUUGUAAUUGGACAACUUAGGUCAAUCGUAUCUAGCAUUCGAGCUGGCGGUGCGCCUACGAAGGCAAGGGCAGCUUGCUAUCGUUAACGUCGACAAAGAGCUUUCCGCCAGCCUCCAACUGCCGCAGAUUUCCGGCGAGUUCAUCGCGGAAGGUGCAUCAGUGAAACGAGCUCUUUUUCAUUCGGGCUACAUCUAACUAUGCUCCUGCCAUUCAGAGUACAAGGCACACUGCGCUCGACUGCAGCUACCAUCGAACCGUGUCAAGAUCACGUGCGAGGCGAGUGACGGCAAAAGCUCAGUUGCUCAGCAACUCUUACAAGUUGCAGAGCGUGAACGAGUGGAUUUCCUCGUUUUAGGGGCCCAUGGCAAAGCUGGACCGGCAAUUGAUCAAGUUCACCAUGUUCCGUUGGAGGUACUGCGCUGCACUACCUCGAUACCUACGCUGGUCGUCCCUCCUGCCCCAGUCAACUCGGUGAUUAGCAAGCAGUACGUGUUCGUGGUGGCGGUGGACAAGUCAGCGGCUGCGACCCGCUGCCUCAACGCAACGCUCAAGCUCAUGCGGCCAGUGGACAUUUUACAAGUCGUCCACUUCCACGAAAAACCGAUCGUCGGCGAGUAUGACGCCCAGCCGUUUGAAUGGUACCGCAACAUCAUCGAAGGAGCUCAGGUACCGUCGGCCUGUACAAACUUCAUUUUCCCGUUCUAUUGCAUUACCUCUCCAAAUCGUGUUUGCGACCCAGAUCAACGGCGAAGUGGACAUUCAGCCUAUCGAGAGCACGAGCACCAUCGCCGAGAGCUUGCAAGCUUACAUAUCCGCCAAGUCCGCGGCCUACCUGGUGCUCGGAUUGAACGGAGAGGGCGCCGAAGCCAAAUCCCGAGCCGGCAAUCCGGAAGACGACGCAUAUUCUCCAAGUCCCGCGAGCGAAUCCCAACGCAUCGGUCGCCUGGCCUCCGCCAUGCUCUUCUCGCCUCGCUGCGCGCUGUGCCUGUGUCCGUAGCUACGGCAACUUGUCUUCAACUUGCGUCUGUACCAUCCUUUCGGUACACUCAGUCGAAUACAGAGCCUUCAAGAAUUCCGACGGUCAAAACCUUUGAGACUUGAUCAACCACGUCAUGAAAUCCACAGUCGUGCACGACCUGUAAUAUAGAAUAGCCCCGUCCUUGCCGAUAUCGUUUCUGCCGGGGAUUUUGGUGGUUUUGGCCCCCAAAGCGGGCGGCUGUAAUCGCUCGACGAACGCCGCACACAGCAAGCCUCUUGCCCACCAUGCUGACCCUCGCGCGCCGCUCAGGAGCCCUGGCCCGGACGUCCGCCGUCCGCUGCGCCUCGUCGGCGGUGCCCGCCACCUCGUCGUCCUCGGCGCCCGCCGAGCGCGGCAACAUCCAGGACCUGCUCAACGGCAACGCCACGGCCCGCAACGGCGUCGGUACGCGCAGUCACAGCUCUCCCUCCCUGUCGCGCUCUGACUCACACACUUCCUCUCUCUCUCCACACUUGCAGAGUACGUCGUGUCCCGCGUGGAUGACCUGGUAAACUGGGGACGCAAGAGCUCGCUGUGGCCCAUCACCUUCGGUCUGGCCUGCUGCGCCGUCGAAAUGAUGCACUCCGGUACGCUCUCUCUCUCUCUUGUGACCCCCAUAGUUGAUCGCCUUGCUGACCUCUUGGCGCCUUGUCGCUCGCUGCAGCCGGUUCGCGUUACGACUUCGAGCGCAUGGGUAUGGUGUUCCGUGCGUCGCCCCGUCAGACGGACGUGAUGAUCGUGGCCGGCACGCUGACCAACAAGAUGGCGCCCGCCCUGCGCCGCGUGUACGACCAGAUGCCCGAGCCGCGCUACGUCGUGUCCAUGGGCAGCUGCGCCAACGGCGGCGGCUACUACCACUACUCGUACGCCGUGGUGCGCGGCGUGGACCGCGUCAUCCCCGUGGACAUCUACGUGCCCGGCUGCCCGCCGACGGCCGAGGCGCUGCUGUUCGGCCUCAUGCAGCUGCAGAAGAAGGUGAAGGGCAACAAGUCGCUGCUGCUGAAGCUGCGGAAGUAAGCUGCGUGCGUGGCUGGCUGCCUCUCUGGCGGACGGGAGCUCCGGGAACAAGACUGUCGUGUAGGCCAGCUACAUGUACUUGGCGCAUCUGUAUUUGGUUGAGAGAAGACACAUCGCACACACAGACACAAAAGAAAAUGAAUUUGGAUGACACAACACAGCGCAGCAGCAGCAGCGGGCAGAUAGAUGUACGUACCAUACACCUCCUUGUUGUGGCAGAUGAGCGAAAGACCGUCCUGGAUUGGCUGCGCAGACUCGUCCUGGCGUCAUGGUUUGACCCGAGUAAUCUCGUUGCAGCGAUUGUGGCACGUUUGGGCAGAAUAAUCGCAUGUUGACCUCGAUGCCAAUUGGCCUGCUGCGUUCAAGUUGCCAUCAACUUGGACCACCGUAAUCCAGCGCAGUUCGAGUCCAGUGGGAAGGAUCUCUAGGCCUCUCCAUUUCUCCUGUGGCUGGGCUUGGUCAACUUUGGCAGCGUCGAUCUUCCUGCAUUCAACGAUGUGGCGACUCAGCUCCGGGCUCCUUCACCGUAGCGAGUUUACGCAAAACGCGGUGGCUUGUGCAGCCAGAGGCACUCGUCUCCUUCACGCCACAUCUUCGACAUCCGGAGGAGCCGAAGUCCAGCAACGCGGGAACGUGGGGGAUCUCCUGGCUGGAAAUGCGGUAGCGAGGAAUGGCGCUGGUACGUGAAAGUGGAAUCACUGCAGCCCUCUUCUCCGCUUUAUUGCUCACUCCGAUCUUGCACUUGUCGGCAGAGUACGUCGUAUCCCGCCUGGACGACCUCAUCAACUGGAGUCGGAAGAGCUCCCUGUGGCCCGUCACCUUCGGCUUGGCUUGCUGCGCCGUAGAAAUGAUGCAUUCCGGUGCGUAGCCCCACGAUUGAAGACACCUCCUGAAGAUCCCAAGUACUGACUGAACGAAACCCCCUUGCUUCUGCCAUUAUUUAGCCGGAUCGCGUUACGACUUCGAGCGCGUCGGCUUGUUAUUCCGUGCAUCUCCGCGCCAAACGGACCUCAUGAUCGUCGCUGGCACGGUCACCAACAAGAUGGCACCUUCUCUUCGUCGAAUCUACGACCAAAUGCCGGAGCCGCGCUACGUCAUCUCGAUGGGGAGCUGCGCAAACGGCGGCGGCUACUACCACUACUCGUACGCGGUGGUGCGCGGCGUGGACCGUAUCAUGCCCGUUGACGUGUUUGACCCGGGGUGUCCCCCCACAGCCGAGGCUUUGCUGUUCGGCAUCAUGCAGCUCCAGAAGAAGAUCAAGGGCAACAAGUCGCUACUGCUCAAAGUGAGGAAGUAGGCGGUCGAUCCGCACUUGAACGCAGCCGAGGAUAGGGCGGAACCUGCAUAUCGUUGGAAGAAGACAACAAGAAAAUGAAUUUGGAUGAACACACAGAGGCAGACAAGUGGGCACGAAGGCGUACAGUACCUUGUUUGAUGCGGGUGAACAACAUUCGAGUCGAUAGGGGGGGGGGGUCUGGGCUCAAUUCGGAGAUUCCGAGUCGCGAAGUAACCUAGCUUGUCGAAGAAGCAUCGACUUGUACCGGCAUGUCCACUGACAGACUUGUGGCCAGCUUGGCAUAUCGGCACUCGACCUCGUACAUUACACGUACUGCAGUCGAAAGUGAGACUGCCGGAACGAGCAAGCCUGUUUGCGGGUGGUGUCUCAGUCCGCUCAUAACCCGUCCAGCAAAGGUGGCCACAAUCAGCGCAGCAUAAUCAUCGCGAUGGACCAUGGAUCAAAAUGACUUGGUUUCACUAUUGCAACAUUUCGUUCGAGGUGUCGACAAUCCUGAUAACUCGCGUGUCAAGACCAGGUCCGGUCUCCGUUACUUUUUGCAAGUAAGUUGCCGUCGAGUACACCGCGUUUUGAAACGCAGGCGAGGUGGCCAUCAGCAGCAGCGCAGGUGCCAGCGCAAUCCGCCACAUACAAGCGAGCGAGAUGAAGCUGGAGGCUGGACCUGCCCCCUUCGCUUUGCUUUGCUCGCUCCUGGCCGCAGAUUCCUCCGGUUCGGACAGUCCGAGCUUUCGACGUCCCCAGCUCUCGAGCGUUUCCAGUUGGCUACUGUAUCACGAUGCUCCGCCUUGGUUCGCAGCUCCUGCAGCGCGGUGCGGCCCGACCCGUGGUCGCCAGCUCCUCGAGGGCAAUUCAGACCACCUCCGCGGUGGCGGGGGCUCAGAAGCAACUGCAGGCCUCGCAGCGCGGCAACGUCGCCGACCUGCUCAACGGCAGCGCGACCGCCCGAGACAGCGCCGAGUAUGUGGUGUCCCGCCUUGACGACCUCGUCAACUGGGGUCGCAAGAGCUCGCUCUGGCCCAUUUCGUUCGGCCUGGCCUGCUGCGCCGUCGAAAUGAUGCACGCCGCUGGUUCCCGCUAUGACUUUGAGCGUAUGGGAAUGGUGUUCCGUGCUUCUCCUCGUCAGACUGACGUGAUGAUCGUGGCCGGCACGCUGACCAACAAGAUGGCGCCUGCUUUGCGUCGUAUUUUCGACCAGAUGCCCGAGCCCCGCUAUGUUGUGUCGCUCGGUAGUUGCGCCAACGGAGGUGGCUACUACCACUACUCGUACGCCGUCGUGCGUGGUGUCGAUCGUAUCGUGCCGGUCGACAUCUACGUCCCUGGGUGCCCCCCGACGGCUGAGGCUCUUCUCUUCGGCCUGAUGCAGCUUCAGAAGAAGAUCAAGGGCAACAAGUCGUUGCUGCUAAAGGUGCGGAAGUAGACGAGUCACUUGAUCAUGGACAGAUGGGUGACGGAGAGCUGCAUCGAAUGUCGUUACCUGAAAACCAUUCCAAAUAAUGAAAACGAAG